AUGUCCAACCCCGUGUGCUACUUCGACAUCGAGAUCGGCGGCCAGCCCGCGGGUCGCAUCGAGAUGACCGUUCGCGCGGACGUCGUGCCGAAGACCGCGGAAAACUUCCGAGCGCUGUGCACGGGUGAAAAGGGCUUCGGCUACGAGGGCUCGAGCUUCCACCGCGUGAUCCCGGGGUUCAUGUGCCAAGGCGGCGACUUCACGAACCACAACGGCACGGGCGGCAAGUCCAUCUACGGCAACAAGUUUGAAGACGAAAACUUUGUCUUGAAGCACACCGGACCGGGCAUCUUGUCCAUGGCGAACGCCGGCCCGAACACGAACGGCUCGCAGUUCUUCUUGUGCACGGCUGAUACCGCUUGGUUGGACGGUAAGCACACCGUCUUCGGCGCCGUGAGCAAAGGCAUGGACGUCGUCAAGGCGAUCGAAGCCGUCGGCUCGCAAUCCGGCGCGUGCUCCAAGAAGGUCACCAUCGCCAAGUCCGGCGUCCUCUAA